AUGGAGGAGUUCUCGAAAUCCAUCAAGGCCAAGGCCGCCGCGCACGGCAUCAGCUGCGACAUCUCCAUGGACCGCGAGGCCAUCGCGCGCGGGCUCGCCCUCGAAGAGUCGGACCGCAAGCAAAAAGUCGCCGAGAUUCUCAAGCGGCAGCCCGCGGCGGCGCGCGCGGCGGAGCGGCUCGUGUCGGCCAUCGCCAUCCAGAGCGUCAUCCGCGGCGACCGGGGCCGCUGCUGGGCCGGCUGCGCGAAGCUCAAGGCCCUGGCCGCGAAGCAGGCCGCCGAGGACGCCGCGGCCGCGGCGGCGGCGCGGGCCAGGGACCCGGAGAGGAACUUCGAGGACGUGAAGAUGACGGCCCACGAGCCGACGACGGACAACGAGCUGCAGCGCGUCAUGGCCAUGCACGAGCACGGCGACGACUUCGAGCGGACCGCGGCCGAGGAGCGCAAGACGAAGCUCGAGGCCGCGGCGAAGGCGUUCCCGCUCCUCAAGGGCCAGGAGGUCGUCGCCGCGGGGCUCGUGGAGCACAAGGACCUCAACGGCCGCUUCGGCAUCGUCGUGGACGGGCCGAGCGGCGCGCACCGGCGGUACGGCGUGCGCUUCGAAGGCGACGCGAAGCCCAAGGCCGUGCGCGCCGCGAACCUCGUGCUCACGGGCGUCGAGGCGCGGCGCGGCCUCCUCGCGGCGCCGUCGGCCUUCGACGUCGUCCUGCGGAGCCAGCCCCUGGCGCUCGCGGACCGGCCCGGCGCCUUCGCGGCGAGCUUGGCGUACUACGGCGCGCCUCCCGUGUUCCGCGAGAACAGCCCCUGGCUGCUCGGCGACUGCGCGGACGUCACGCGGGGGCCCUUCGACCUGCGGCCCUGGGAGCCCGCGGCCGACGCGCGCCUCGUCCACGCGGCGCUCGACGCCGUCGGCUUCCACUUUGUGCUCGAGUGGCGCGCGGGCGAGGGCUGGCGGCUGCUGCAGUGCGCGACGCUGAACCGGCGCUGGGAGGAGUGCCACGUCUUCGGGCGCGCCGACGACGAGGACCUCGUGGAGACGCCCGUCAAGCAGCGCCGGGAGGUCGCCUUCGUCACGGGCAUCGAGGGCGAGUGCCUCUUCGCGAUGCCCGUCGAGCUCCACGAGGCGCUCUGCGCCGCCUACGAGCGCGUCGUCGGCGACCGGCCCACCGGCUUCGUCUACCUCCACAUGCUCCGCCACGUCGGCCACGCGCCGGGCAUCACGUCCGCGGACCACGUCACGGGCGGCGCGCACGGCAACGCGGGCUUCACCAUGCGCGCGCUCCCCUGGGUCGCGCGCGACGACGGCGACGACGAAGCCGGCCUCCCGCCCCUGGAGAAGCCGUCCUACUGCCCGCUGGCCCAGUAA